AUGGGAUUGAAACCAUAUUUGCAAUUGCGAGGUCGAAUUUCGCAAGUUUGGUUGAAUCAGUACACCUUACUGUUAGUGUUGACAAUUGUUAAGCUGACACUAUUCUCCGUAUCACUGAACAACGCAAUCAAUACUUCUAAAACUUACGCUUUAAGCAGCUGCAAUUCGAUCGAUGCCCUCUACUCGGAGUUCAAGGAUUCUGCGCCUAAGUACAUGUGCCAGUUUGGCAACUACUUGGUAGAACAAUCUAUAACGCAAUCCGUAAAAGCCAGCCUGAAAACGGUUUCACUGCUAGUUGAUGCAGGUGAGCAACUUGCAAUCUUUCUGUUUGAUUUCUAUUUCGGCACAUAUGUGUGUCUUGCGACAGGUGCUGUGGACGGAGCCGUUGACGUCGCUACAAACACUACUGAAAAACUACUCGACGUGGUGAACAGUACACUGCUUACAGUGGGAAACGACAUUGAUUCCGGACUCGAUGAGCUGUCUGGAAUAAUCAACAAGAUAAUGGAAACAGUAGAUGAUGUGAAAAGCUUCUUUAAAAGCGGAAGUGAAUCGUCGGACGUCGAUUCAUCCUUCAAGGCAGUGAAUUUAAGCAUUGCGAAGCUGCGAAAUAUGCAUUUGCCGGCUUCAAUCGAUUUCAAGCUAAGCCAAUUGGCUAACAAAACACCUAGUUUCGAUACCGUUAUGAACAAGACGCAUGUCGAAAUCUCAACUCCGUUCGAAGCGGUGCGAACCAAGAUUUCUGCCGUCAAUGUCUCGCGAUUAUUGGCGGACAACCAUAACAUGUAUCUGCCCUCUCCAAACGUCACCAACUCUUCAUCUUCAGGUAUAUGUUCUGCGGGCAAAAGUGCCAUCUUGGACUUUUACGCCGACGUUUCUAAGGCCAUUAGCACACUGGUCAUUAUUCUAGUAGCUCUGCUGGCUGUUGGGGCAAUCUUAGCGAUGCUACCAUCUGUGUGGUCCGAAUAUAAGCAGUGGAUGCGACUGCGUAAACUUCAGGCCUUGUCAGACGAAAAAAUGACCAUGGGGGCUGCGCGAUGGGGAGAAAUAGACGUUAUACAGGAUUACCACAGGGUCUUCAAUAAAUGGCCGUAUGCGUUUGGGGACUGGCUCGCAAGUCGGCUUUCGAGCAACGUUCGCAUGCGCUGGAAAAUUCGCUGGUGUGUAGCGUAUGCCAUGUCUCCCAGAGCACUCACGGUGCUCGGAAUCGCCCUUGCGGGAAUCGUCAUGUGUAUAUGUCAAUUUUGCCUGCUGGCUGCCGCAAGACAAGCUUUGGCAAGUCACAAGGCUGCCUCCGCAACGCAGUCCGCUCUGAAGACCGCUAAUGCCACUUUACAAGAAGAUUUGCACAGCUGGGUGCUCGCAACCAACAACUACAUCAAUGCUUCCAGGACACAGCUCAACAACGAGGUUUUUGGCUGGAGUCAGGAUGCCACCACCGCACUAAAUCGUACUGUUUCUGAAGCCAUAACAGACAUAGACACUGUCCUUGCGGAUUUCUUCAACAACACCUUGUUAUAUGGCCCAAUGACCACUGUUGUUCGCUGCACGAUCGAAAACAAGCUCUACAAGAUGCAAAAGGCUCUCGUUUGGCUCCAUAAUAACCUGCAAUUCCCUAUACCACUGAUAGACCCCGCUGCAUUGCAAGACUGGGCCCACAGUAGCAACCAGUCCACGCAACUGCUGUCACAGCCCACCUUCGACAAUCAUGAAGUUUUUGAGCCUUCCGCAGCAGCUAAAAAGCUCAUUGAAACGGCAAAAGUAGCCCUCAACGGCGUGCUACAUCAGUUUUACUCCGCCACCAUUUUCGAGCUCGCUGUCGCCCUUGGGUUGCUCGCGUUGUGGAUUUUCCAGUGGCUCAUCGCCGUUUUUUUCGUUAUGGUCGUCCACCCAGCUUAG